AUGUGCGCGCAUGUAAGCUUUGUGCUGGAGAUGUUUUGCGAAACUUUAAGGAUGAUAUACCUUGGAUGUUUCCUGUUGCUCUGUGGGCUCACGCAUGUCAUGGCAAGCUAUCCCAUCUGGUGGUCACUAGCGGUGGGCCACCAGUACUCAUCACUGGGGACUCAACCUAUCCUUUGUGGCAGCAUACCAGGUCUGGUGCCCAAACAGCUGCGUUUCUGCCGGAACUAUGUGGAAAUCAUGCCCAGUGUGGCCGAGGGGGUCAAGAUUGGCAUUCAGGAGUGCCAGCACCAGUUCAGAGGCCGGCGCUGGAACUGCACCACGGUCAAUGACAAUCUGGCCAUUUUCGGGCCGGUGUUAGAUAAAGCCACUCGCGAGUCAGCUUUCGUUCACGCCAUCGCCUCAGCGGGAGUGGCGUUUGCAGUGACCCGAGCCUGCGCCGAGGGUUCGGCCACCAUCUGCGGAUGCGACACACGUCACAAGGGCCCCCCAGGAGAGGGGUGGAAGUGGGGAGGCUGCAGCGAGGACGUGGAGUUUGGGAGCAUGGUGUCCCGGGAGUUUGCUGACGCGAGGGAGAAUCGGCCCGAUGCACGCUCAGCGAUGAACCGGCACAACAACGAGGCAGGAAGGAUGUCCCUGAACGACAACAUGUUUCUGAAGUGCAAGUGCCACGGGCUCUCGGGCAGCUGUGAGGUGAAGACGUGUUGGUGGUCUCAGCCUGACUUCCGAGUUAUUGGCGACUACAUGAAGGAUAAGUAUGACAGCGCCUCGGAGAUGGUGGUGGAGAAGCAUAAGGAGUCCCGUGGGUGGGUGGAGACCCUGAGGCCCAAGUACAACUACUUCAAACCCCCCACAGAGCGCGACCUGGUUUAUUACGAAAGCUCACCCAAUUUCUGCGACCCCAAUCCCGAGACGGGCUCCUUCGGCACUCGGGAUCGAAUCUGCAACCUGACGUCGCACGGCAUCGACGGCUGCGACCUGCUGUGCUGCGGCAGAGGUCACAACACCCGGACUGAGAGGAGAAAGGAGAAGUGUCACUGUAUUUUCCACUGGUGCUGCUACGUCAGCUGUCAGGAGUGCGUGAGAGUCUACGACGUGCACACCUGCAAGUAGAGAUGUAGAAGGUUCUCGUCUUUUUUUUUUCACCAAAAUUUCCAGACUUCAGUAGGCAGAAGAGCAAACGCAGGCGCGAGACAUGAGCGACUGUGAAGCUGUCCGACACACAGCGGCCUCGUGUUUUGAGCCGUGAUGCUACAAAGAGCCAGUCUCUGCCUCCGUCAGCUGAACCCGUGGAGCAGACGUUGACACCUGAAAGCAUCACCUUUACGAACUGUGGCGGUGGUGACGCUGGCGAAAAGGAAACGAGAAAAAGUUUCACGUGCUGAUGUAGGAAAAGCAGAACUGUUGGUUAAAUGACAAACACCAUAUUGGUGAUUUUUUUUUUUUUUUCUUCCUGUGUUCUAAGUAGUACGUUUUGUUGAGAAUAGCACAGCGCUGCCAAUGCUUUCAUGGAACGAAAAAGGAAAUUUCAUUGAAAAUGAACAUUUUCUUCAAUGUUUAAUCAACAUGUUACACGAUCAGACACUCAACAGCAUGCGUUCUCCUCCUCCUCCAUAUGAUUAGUAUGUAUGUGUAUAUCUGAAAACUAACACCAUCAUUGCGUGAGUGAGUUUUUGUCGCGUAGUGUUUCACGUCACUGAUGUCUGUGUAAGAAUGCACUUGCACCUGAGUGAAUGUAGUUAUUUGCUGUAACGUGUUUACAUAUUCUCAAAUUCUUAAGCUAACGAGUUAAUAUCUGCUUUAAACGACUAAUUCGAUUUGAGAGUAGACAUGAGCCACAUCCACUGAACAAGAAUACACACAGUCUGCACAUUUUUCUUUUCCUUUUUUCUUCUGAAACACCUGAAGCUAUUUCU